CUAGAAGGCUUCAAACAAAAGGCUCAAAGUUCGUGCGAAUGGUCGGACAGUUGCGCUAAUUAGGCUGAGCACCAUUGCUGCUCAGGAUAUUAUCAGAAGGGUUAGUGGCGAGGAACAAUUGCUCUAGUUAGGCUGGGCACCAUUACUGGUCAGGAUGUCAUCAGAAGGGUUAGUGACGAGCAACCCAGGACUCCUGGUACUUAAUGAAUUUCCCUAAUAGUAGACUUGAGAUAAAUGCUCGUUUGUGUUGAACUGAUAAGGAUUAUUUCUGUUUAAGAUUUGGAUUUUGAUUAUGGAUGAUUUUCCAUUGUUUCUCCUUUUUCAAAUGCAUUUUGAUUCUCAAACGCAUUUUUUAUGAAUUUAAGUAUUUAACGACCGGCCGGUCUAGUGUGUGACACUUGCGGUGCAGCUAACAAUUAUUUUAUUUCCGUUCUGCCAUUUCAUUCCGGAGCGGAGAAACCCAUAAAACAGGGGAUGCAAUGCAUUUCCUCUUUUCAUUGAUUCAUUGAUUCCCUCCAUGGAUUUAUCUGGACGCCUUCUCUAACCAGAAGAGGUCUGCACCUUUAUGACGCACUCCCAGCUACAGCUGAUCCCUAGCCGCCUGCUAUUACUAAUCAAAUCGCAACCAGUAAAUCUCAGAAAAGGGUUUCUUCAGUGGCUGCCUCCCAGUUUUGCUUUAUAAAGGGAGGGAGCAAUACUCCGAGGGGGAGAAUUGGGAAUCUGAAUACAUUACGCUAUGCCACUAUACGUCCUCAUCAUCUCAUGAUCUCGCUCUUGCGAACAAAGCUACCGGCAAUCCUUCCCAAACCGCCGUCGUCAUUUCCGACAACCAUGAGCGCGUCUGGGUCGAGCCGGCUGCUGGCCCUAGCCCAACAGCUCCGCCUCUACGAGCCGCCAGCUGCAUCGCCCGAUGAAAUUGAGGAGCAGGCCAUGGAGGAAACUGCCGGCAAGGUGAUUACCCAGGUGGGUUUUCAAGAAUCGGCUACCCCGAUUGCGAAUCAAUCCGAUAGAUUCAGACCCAAAAGAGCGGCGGUUCUGGUCUGUAUCUUUGAAGGCGAUUCCGGCGAGUUUCGUGUCAUCUUGACCAAGCGAUCCUCCAGAUUGUCCACUCAUUCUGGUGAAGUUUCAUUGCCUGGAGGGAAAGCUGAGGAGGGUGAUAAGGAUGAUGGAGACACAGCAACCAGGGAAGCUAAAGAGGAAAUUGGGUUGGAUCCUUCGCUGGUUGAUGUUAUUACAGUUAUGGAACCCUUCUUAUCCAAGCAUCUCCUGAGAGUAGUUCCUGUUGUAGGGAUUCUAAGGGAUAAGGAAGCAUUCAGUCCUGAACCAAAUCCAGACGAAGUUGAUGCAGUUUUUGAUGCUCCUUUGGAAAUGUUCAUUAAGGAUGAACAUCGGAGGGUAGAAGAGAGGGAGUGGAUGGGUGAGAAGUAUCUAGUGCAUUUCUUUGAUUAUGAAACCGGGGGAAAUAAGUAUGUGAUAUGGGGAUUAACAGCUGGAGUUCUAAUAAAAGCUGCAUCAGUGGUCUACCAGCGGCCUCCAUCAUUCUUGGAGCAGAAUCCCAAGUUCAAGUUCCCUCGCCAUGCAAACACUGGUACUGUUAUGCCUCAUUGAUAUCGUUCAUGCUGGACAUACAUCCGUCUGAACUCUUGUAUUAUGAUCCAUUGAGCUCGAAUUUCUUCGAAUGGUCGAGCGGAGCUUUGCAUGUAGCAGUAAAAUUGAACUAUGGAUACAUAUAUUACGUAGGCUAAAUGCUAAUACAAAUAUUAUUAUCUACCUGCAUGGCAUUUGUAUCACCUCAAGCAGGGUCAAUCCAAGCACACAAAUAAACUUCCUAGAAGGUUGGAAGUCAUCCAUGGUAUUUUCAAGCAAUCUUUUCCACCGUAGAGAAACAUGGUGUGGUAACAAAUAGCAUGUGUGAUCCCAAAUUGUCGACUUCCAAUCAUCCAUUUCAUUCUCAAUCAAAUCUAUAAACUCGAACCAACUUGCCAAAGUCACCCACCAAUACUGCCAUGAUUUCACCUCCACAUUCCACUACAUACUUCAACUCGAACUCAUAAUCGUCAAAAGAUCUUAAAAUGGCUAACCAACUUUGUCUAGUAACUUCCAAUCAUAUUCGUUCCAUUUCCAUUGCAAGUCGCCCCUAUAACCACCAUCACCGUAGCUAAAAACUUCCAGUCUCCUUACUAUAUCCAGGAAGUAAAACUUAUCCCCUAGAAAAGCUAGAGUAUUGUGAUCGCUUGGUUUGAAAUCUUGUCGUGCAAGGUUGGGUCACAGUUAGUCGGGUUCUGGUCAAUUAAGUUCGGAUAUAAUCGGGUUGUGGGUUAAUUGAGUCACGUUAAUUGGGUUGUGAACCAUUUUGGUUUUGGGUCAAUUGGGUAUGGGUCGGAAGGGUUGUGAGUUAUUGACUUUUAGUCAACUCGGAUUACAUGGCAGGUUGAUCCGACGGGUUACUCGAGUCGGGUUUUAUUUUGACAUCUCUAUUUGGGAUGAACUUAAACUGAUUUGGUGGUCGGGUAUCGACACAUAAAAGUAUAGUCUUUUUUCUUUAGGUAAAUACAAUUUAGUAUCCAAACCUUUCAUCUUAAACAAUAUAAUAGCCAAACCUUUUCGAAAACAAUCUAAUAUCCUAAUCGUAAACUUUCCGUUCGUUUGACCGUAAGUUGACACUUCAAAAAAGCUUUGUUUAGGGGAAAUUGUCACAAUACAACUUUGUUUUCUUGUUUUGGCAUUGCAGAUGACUGAAUAUUUAGAUAUUAUAUACCAUCAUGGUGGAGUCAUGGACUUCUCGGGUUUGGAACUACGAUAUGUUGAUGGUUUUUCAGAGAAGAUAUCGAUGAAUAUUGAUGAAGUGUCGUACUUCGAACUUUUUUGAAGCGUCAACUAACUGUCACCUAACAAAUAGAUCUCUACAUCCUGUAAUCUAAUCAAGUCAGGAAAUCAAAGAAACGACACAUAGUCGGGUACAAUGUAAGAGCCUUUCUAGCCACCAAAUGGGCUACCUUAUUCUACUUUGACCUACAAAUCGUAUAUUAAGUCCAAUGUGAAUCGUGAAUACAACACUACCUCCUCGAGGAUGACCCCUAUCCGAUUAUCUCUGGAAUCAGGGUGAUUGAUUUUAUCAAUGAUGACAGCAUAGUCAAACUCUCAAGGAGCAGUCCAUCUCGUCCUAGGAAGAGCUCCACCAUCUUAUUCGGAUUAAGUUUUGAAUGAGAACUGUCGUAGAAUUCUUGGAAGAGAUUAAAAGGGUUCGCUAAAACAUAUCCCACAAAAAAGCUAAUUUUAGUGGCGGAUGAUCUCGCUAAGAAUAUGGUUACACGGAACUUCGUUGGGUAACUUCUCCACCAUGUGAUGCAAAAAAAUAUUGAUAACAGAACAUUUGGUACCAAAUGAAUUAAGAAUUCAUUUCAUUGUAAAAUGAAUUAUCAUGUAGAAUUUAUUGUCAAAUAAAUUUUUGCGUUUGGUAUAUUAUAUUCAAAUUUUUGAAAAUAGAAUGAAUUGUCAUGUAGAAU